AUGGAGUCCCAUGGGGAGGACAAAGCAUCCACAUCCUCAGACUCACUGGGUGAACAGCUGUACAAGCUCGUUGACAUCUACAACACUGGCCUCACUGAGAAAAUCACAGGUAUGUUGUUGGAGCAGAAGAAACAGGAAGUACAGAAACUCCUUUCAGACCCUGGUCUUUUGGAGGAGAGGGUUAACAUUGCACUGAAGACACUUGAGGAACAGAGCCCUGAGGAGACUGAUGUCAGUGACUCUUCGGAUCCCGAUGACACUGAGAAGCUGGGGGAGAGGCUGUUUGAGGUUGUGCACCAGAUCGAUGCAGUGAGGUGUGCCGACAUCACUGGCAUGCUGCUAGAAAUGGACCAUGGGAUGCUGAGGCAGGUUCUGAGUGACCAGGUCAUGCUGGAGAUGGCGGUUCAGAAGGCCCAGUCAGCCCUGUUGGAACACGGUGGCCACACACCUCCAUGGAACACCACCCUGUCCUCAGGAACACACUCUUCAGAGAGCAGUCAGACAUGAACGCAGGCAGCUAUGCCUUAGAAUAGCAGUGAUCAGAAAGAAUCUUGGCUUAGUAGUCACUGUUUUGAACUUUAAUUUCUUAUGAUAUAAUCAGCGCAUAUAAAAUCAAAUAAAAGGCAGAUUAAUGGUUUGGGUUGACACAGAGAGACUGUGCAGAUAUGAAGUAGUACGGCCACAUGACCUGGUCUUUCUGAUAAACAAGGACUUAAGAAUGAGGCCACACUCAUUCCAAGGCUUUAGUGUCAUGGCAAGACUUCUGUAACCCAAUGCAGUGUAGUACAUUGCAAUGUAAGGUUCUGUGCUGUGAUAGUCCUGAUGCCGUAGAGAUUCGCAAAAGCCAUUUCCUGAG